AUGAUGAAGUAUCUUGUUGAACAUGGCGCUGAUGUAAAUGACGAGGAUAACGUAGGGAGGACCGCGCUGAGCUAUGCUGUUACACAAGGUACGCUAGAAAUGAUGAAGUAUCUUGUUGAACAUGGCGCUUAUGUAAAUGACAAGGAUAACGUAGGGAGGACGGCGCUGAGCUAUGCUGUUACUAAAGGUAGGGUAGAAAUGAUGAAGUAUCUUGUUGAACAUGGCGCUGAUGUAAAUGACAAGGAUAACGUAGGGAGGACGGCGCUGAGCUAUGCUGUUACUAAAGGUAGGGUAGAAAUGAUGAAGUAUCUUGUUGAACAUGGCGCUGAUGUAAAUGACAAGGAUGACGUAGGGAGGACGGCGCUGCACUAUGCUGUUAUUAAAGGUACGCUAGAAAUGAUGAAGUAUCUUGUUGAACAUGGCGCUGAUGGUACGCUAGAAAUUGUAAAAUAUCUUGUUGAACAUGGCGCUGAUGUAAAUGGAGAGGAUAUUUAUGGACGGACAGUGCUGCACGAUGCUGCUAGUGAAAGUACACGAGAAAUGGUAAAAUAUCUUGUUGAACAUGGCGCUGAUGUAAACGUCAAGUAUUUAGUUGUACAGGGUGCUGAAACUCUGAAAAGUUAUACUCUUGGCAUUGAAAUCCUGAAGAGGGCAGUUCUGGAAAAUUCAGUUGUUUUGGUCAAUCUUCUGUUGGAAAAGAACAUCGCUGUGUGGAGAGCUGGAACAUUUCUUGUUGAAGGAAAGCAAAUGAGUCUUCUUGAAUGGAGUAUUCACCUUGGUCACCAUGAAAUUGCAACUAUCCUCAAAAGGUCCGUAAAACAUCGCGAGAAGAUUCAUAUGUUGAAAACAAUGAAUUGUAACGAGUUAGGAAAGAUUGAAACACCGAUGCAGGCUUUUGUCGCAAAUGAUCAAUUCAAAAUUGGUGGUGGAGGUUUUUCUUGUGUCUAUGUUGGUCUCAAGAAGGAUAAAAGUGAAGUUGCUGUCAAGAGAAUUUUGGUACAAAGUGAGGACAAAACAAUUGAAAACGAAAAGGAAAUCAUGAGUCUUAUUAAAACAAACGCCUGUCCAUUUAUAGUGAACUAUCGACAUUUUCACCGUGACGCUAACUUCAUGUAUCUUAUUGUUGAUCUUUGCGAAGAAACCUUGAGGGAACUUGUUCAAGCAUGCAGUAUUGAACAUCUAAAAGAGCAAGGUCCACGAAUGAUUAGGGAAAUUCUAUCAGGACUUGAAUUUCUCCAUGGUAAAGGAAUAUUACACAGAGAUCUAAAACCAUCAAACGUCCUGGUUGAUAUCGAAGGCCGCAUGAAAUUGGCAGAUUUUGGAAUAAGCCGCGUUCUAAAUGAGGAUGAAACGACAGUUGAAACAGAUGCAAAAGGUACUUUGGGGUGGAUGCCACCGGAAGUAAUUAAGGCAAUAGUUAAAAAAGAAAAGGGUCGUUUUAAAAAGAAAUCAGAUGUCCAUGUGGCGGGUAUGAUUGCUUUUUACGUGUUAACCAAAGGUGAACACCCUUUUGGAUCUACAUUAGAUCGAAUGAAAAACAUUUUAGAGGAUAAUCCGGUCAAUUUGGAGAAACUUGGUGACCGCGAAGCUCGUAGGUUUGUGUCGUGGCUGAUUAAUCACAAGAUUGAUGAUAGACCUUACGCUCACGAAGGACUGAGGGAUCCUUUACUUAUUAUCAAUCACCACAAGGAACACAGCGAGCAAUAAGACCACAAACUACGAAGUUUGUUUGACCCGUUUAAUCCUUGAAGGGAAAAUUUGGAACAACGAAAAUUGGAGUGCGACAGAACCAAUAGUAUCUGGUGACAUUAUAGAGAUUUGUAUUUCGUAGAACGUCGGUAGCAACUUUGAUUGUUGGUAGCAUCAUUUACAGCUUCGGAAGUCGCCGUGUAUCUCGCGACACUUUCCAAAUCCUUUCGUCAAAAAUCGAUAACAUGUUGAAUAUUGUUUAAGGUAUUUUAAUAAUUUGCGAGGUUGUUUUAUCGAGGUGAUUCCAGAUCCUUUGUCAAUCAGCGUGACAAUAGUUCAGCAGAAUGCGCUGUAGUUCUUACGUAUAAAUUUAAAUCAGCUCCCGUUGGGCAUUCUAUAUUUUUUACACUUAAAAUAUUCUUGUUAUAAAGACCUUUUUACACAAGAUGUGGUUGGU